UGUUUACUUGCUGCUGGGAGUGCUGUGUGUGUGUGUGUGUGUGUGUGUGUGUGUGUGUGUGUGUGUGUGUCAGCAGGAAGGUUGCCAUUAGUGACAUAGUUGGUGAGUGUCGAUGAGUCAUUAGUGGUGAAGGCUGAGGUCAUCCCGCAUUCCUGGCGAGCAAGGUCAAGGUUGGCGGUCAAUAAUGGUUGUUCCCAACCUUAGCACGACACAAGGCUGUUGCCACGUGAAUGACUGGUCGUACUAUCAGGUUGUCUUGACUUGACUUGUACUGUAUACCACAUAAGUAUCACCCUAUCCCAGAGUCAGUGUGUGGCGGCAGCGGUGCAAGGAACGGACACUUGCCUAUCGCCCGAGUGGUGAGGUGUUGUGGCAUGUGGUGCUCUGUCUUGCCUUCUCUCAUAAACAGUGAAGGCCGGGUGAUGAUCGAGUUUUUUGUGGUAGUUUUGCAUUUUAUCAGAGCUUAGCCAAGACACACUGACGCUGGUGAUCAGGCUAAGAACAGGCUCAGGAUGCGAGAGGCACCAAGGACAGCCUCAGCCAGGAGCAGUGGUGGCGGCAGCCGUCGGCGCCGGUGGGAGAUGAAGUCCAAAGAGUCAUUUGAGAAGUCUCUCGCUGUGGAGAUUGAAUCGCCCCCGAGAAAGUCAUCCCGCCACCGAAGAGACUCCAAGUGGGAACCCUCAGCAGACUCUCCUGAAGGCAGGAAUCCCUUCUUUCGAGAGCCGUCUGGAUCAUCACCUCCACAUGACUUCAGCCACAAAAAUGAGAAGGUUCACCAGGACAGUGAGUCUGAUUUGCUCUCCUCUAAGCUGUCGGCCCUGAUAGAGGAGGCCAGCGUGAAGUCCAAGGAGCCAGAGAUGACACCGCUGAAAGAAAAGAGGAGGUCGUCUUUAGGUCACUUUGAGCAGAAGCCUGAGAAGAACCUGCCAGAACCUCAGUGUGUCAAGCCAGGGGGGGAGACCCUCAGGUCUCUGAAGGACAGGGACAAGGCACAGGUCCUGAAUGACAAGUUUGAAACCAAAUCAUUGAAAGUCGCAGGAGAAACACCCAGGAAAAUGGAGGAGGGAGAGGAGAAGACAGAGCAGGCAGACUACACACCAUCAGCCCCACCCAUAUCCUCCCCUGAGAUGAGCAAGAUGCUCCCCACCAAGAAGAAGAAAGACCGCAGGAAAAAAAAUCCUCAUGUGGUUGUUGGAGGCAGCACAAACAAUGAGUCGUACAUCACCGUCCAGUUGCAGCAGAUGGAGGAGGAUGUCAUUGGCAAUGGGAAGGAAGAGGAACAGUGUGUCUUGUCUGCUCCUGCUUUGCUCUUCAACACCACCAUUAACCCAGCAGGCACCAUCAGCACCAUAUAUCAGGAGAAGCUGGGUGGUUUUGUCAUAGCAAGGAAUGACAUGGAGGGCGUGCAGAGGAAGAACGAGGAGCUCCGAGACACCAGUGAAGCUUCCACUCCAAGUUCUCAUGCUAUCUUUCUGCAGAGUGGGUUCAGGACCUUCUCUGUGCUGUGCCAAGGCUUGCUGGCUGGCCUCACCUUGGCACACUGCCUCAUGAUUUUCCUGCUGGAGGGUGAUGCAAGCAAGCUGCAGAGGGUGUACCCGCCCACUGUGGCUCAGGUGUUCUUUGGCCUUGUGCUGUUCCUUACCUCUCUGUGUCUGGUGGCAGCCUUUGACAGGUGUGACCUCAUAGGAGUGGGUGUGUUCUCUGGCCACGGGAUCAGGAUGCCCUGGACCCCAGCGCUGUAUAUUUCCUGCAUGGUGCUGUCCCUGGUAGCGGUGCGUGCUGAGAAUGUCCUCAUCAAUUAUUCAAAUUAUGUUGAUGAAGUGGUGUCAGAAGAGAAGGUAUCAGACCUUGUGGACUGGUGGCGGUGGAUGUGUGUGGCACGGACCUCCCUGGCAGUGUUAGCAUGGCUGGCAGUGGUGCCGGACCCCCACACUGACGCCCUGCUUGAUGCACUCCAGCACAGCCACAGCAAGUAGUGCCAUGCUUACCACAGCCCUGUCCUGCCUAGCUCACUGGUAGGUCAGAGUCUAGCCAGGCUUAGCAGGUGGUGCUAUGGUGCUUGGACCUCAAUUUUCAUUACCUACUGAACAAUAACCUGGAAAACAGGAUAUGUUUCACAGAGGGACUGCCAUGUGUAGGCCAGCUGGCUUCUUUCAAAUUCCUUUAUGUUCCUUUAAGUUAUCAGUUCUUUUUAUUUACAACAAUUGCCCUUGUGUUUUGCAAUAUUCCUUAAAUUUUUAUUCAUCAUUGAUCUCAUUUAGAGUACAAAAUACAAAUAUUAUUUUCUUGCUGUAUAUUAUUCAAAGAAAUGUAUGUUGAUUAGAAGUAUCCUCAUUAUAAACAUAUAUAUCUUUUUUACUUCCAAGCAUUUCUUUGAUGUGACAGCAUUAAAAAAAUACUUGUUUGAGUCUGUGCAUCAUGAGCAGCAUUAGUAAUACAGCUUUUAGUACAAAGACAGUAUUGUUCGUUAUGUAUGUCUUUCUCAAAGUAUGUCUCAUUUUGGUAAAAGAACCAUCAACACAACAAUCAUCCUUAGUGCCUGAUAGCAUUAGUAUCAGAAUAAUGCUAUAGAAAUACUUAGUAAAUAUGUAUGAAUCUGCAUAUCAUGAGGUAUUAACACUGUAAGGGCCUGUAUGGUGUCUGCCUUCUCUUAACCCUUUGUAUGGUGUUGAUAUAGAUAGGGUGGGUGUGGUGAGUGUUGAAUCUACUAACUCUUUGUAUGUGGUGUUGAUAUGGUGAAGGUCUGUGUGGUGUUCACUAACAUUAACUGGCUAUAUGUGUAUUUAUAUAUAUAUAUAUAUAUAUAUAUAUAUAUAUAUAUAUAUAUAUAUAUAUAUAUAUAUAUAUAUAUAUAUAUAUAUAUAUAUAUAUAUAUAUUUUUAAAGUGAAAGCCAGUAUGGUGUGUGGUAGUGCACUAACCCUGUGUGUGGGUGAUGUUAGUGUAGUGAAGAUUUGGUGGUGGUGUGUGGAUUGUGUUGUAACUGUCAAUGUAAGACUAAGUAGUUUGCUGUGUUAAUGCUCCCUUACUCUGUGUGUGUGUGUGUGUGUGUGUGUGUGUGUGUGUGUGUGUGUGUGUGUGUGUGUGUGUUUAGUGUCCUUACAGGUUGAGACUCCUAUAGCAGAGACUAGAACAAAGAGAUCUCAGGAAUCCUUGAGUUUUUUGAGUGGCAACAUUAUGUGUUAACUUGCUUUAAUUUUUCAUACCAGCAUAACAAGUAGACAGUACAGUAAUGUUAUAAAAUGAUAUUGCUGUAUGAAAUAAUCCUAAUGGUAAUGGAAUGUGUGGUGACAUAUUUUUUGGUAUGCAUCAUUAAUUUAUACUUUUUGGAAAAUUUAUGAGCAAUAUCUUUUAUUCAUCUUAUGUGUCUCAGAAUAUAACCCAAUCAUAUAUAGAUUUUUGUGUGUGUAGUUGUAUUUCCAAAGUCCACAAAAAUUUGAAAUCAAAAUACCUGUUGUCCUGAGCACUGAAUGAAGGAUUCUUAACCUGUAGAGUGAAGGCCAAAUGUGGUGUGGGUGAUCUUUCCAGUAGGCUAACACGUGGUUGUACUUGCAUUGUCCCCCACUACCUCUCCUUCCGUCCAUCCAGCCGUCCAGUUCGUCAGGACACCAGAAAUUUGUCCAUCCCUUCUCGUGUUGAAAGCACAUAAGAAAGUUAUUUAUUAUUCUAUUUUAUUUAUGUGAUGUAUGAAUGUGAGUGAAAGAGAUUUUGAUGUAAAAGUAUUAUUGUAAGGAAUUUUUGUAAAAUCAGGCAAAUUAAUGAUCUGUUAGGUAUUGUUUUACAUACAAGUAACAAAAUGAAAACAAGAGCAGCAGAAUGCAGUAUAGAGAAUAAUAAGUGUACCCUCUGUUUCUGCUUAGUGGGCAGAAGGAAAGGUAACAUUCUAGUCAUAAGCAGCAAAGAUCAAAACCAAAGCAAUAAAACAGUAUGAAAAAUAGUGAAUGUACCUUGUUUAUUUCUAAUGAGGUUGAAAAGAAAGAUAACAUUCUAGUCAUAGUAAGAUGAACUAUGCUGUCUCUCAAGCACAACUGUACUUAUUCUAAUUUUUACAAGUUCUUUGCUUGUAUGAACUAAUGAUGCACUGUAUUGAAAGUACCAUAGCAUUUGUGUAUGUUGCCAAUGUAAUGCAAAGGCACACACAUCACAGCAGUAUGAGGGGAACUGCCGCUUUAGGGUGGUCUGUGUCAAGCCUCACUUUAUGAAUGUUUACUGUAUAUGGAAUCAGUCAUUGCACAAACAGAUGAAGUAUGCAUUUUUUUGUAAUUAUGUUGUUUGUGGACCAAGAAAGUGAUACAUUUCUGCACUCAGUCAGGCAGCAAUGAGACAAAUGUUUGUGUAAUGUCUGUGUAAUUCAGCCAUAGUUUUAGAGAUGACAUGCUGGAUUUGUGAUUUUCAGUUGUUGCCCACUCAGACACAGCUUAGAGUUUAUUAUGUGAAUAAAGCAGAGGUUAUUCACAUUUAUCAGGGAAGACAGUGGUAGUGAUAAGUGAAAGGCUUUGCUCCUGAAUGUGGCACAACCCUCAGCCUGCCAAGUGAUGGGCAGGACUUUACCACGAACUAGCAAACAGUGUAUCCAAACCAUUCUUUUCUUGUUAGUGAGGAUGUGGAUGUGUAUCUGAAUACCAACUGUGAUAAAAACACAUUAACU